GGAUUGGCGCUCAGGCACAGCACACUACCAUUACGGUUUCAGGCUUCAGGGGGACAUGGGGGAUUUGGGCCUGCUAGGUUCAACUUGGAGUCAAAUGCUUGCUUCCCCGAUCACCAUACAAACCGGGCUCAACACGUGCAGCACUAUUCAAGAGCUCCCGUUGGCUGAGGCUCGUCGCUAGGCCCCGCCCCUCUGCCUGUACGUCACCGCGGCAGUAUGUGAGGCGCUCUGCAGCGCUGCAGGAGAGCCGCACUGCACAGUGCGACUCAGGACUGGGCGAGGCGCUGAUCCCGGUGUUUGCCCUCAUCCAUCAUCGAUAUGGAAAUUACCAGAGCCUUCUUUCGGAACCAAGCCCUGAACCCUCACCACCGGAGUCCGCUCCAACUAGAGACACGGACUACUAAACACUGUAGUUGAGAGUGUCGCUGCACCAGAGCCCGGCUCGGUUUCUCUCCUCCAGUCAAAUGAAGAGGAUAAUGGUGAUGAUGAUUAGACACAGCUCCAGAUGAAAAGUGUCUCUCCCGGAAACAACUUGUGACCCUUUAUCUGCGGUUUCUGAAUCAGGACCAUGCCUGCCAUGUGUGUGUCUGCAGUGCUCCUAUAUACCUUGCUGGUUGACAUUUCAGCCCGGGUUUUGACCCCAACCAGCCCAGCUGACCAGCCCCCCCUCUCUCCCCGCCACUAUCAGCACACUGACCCUGAAUCUGGCACCCAGCUGGUCUGUGACAAGUGCCCAGCAGGCACCUAUGUUUCCAUCCACUGCUCACUCACAGCAGUCAGGGAGUGCAGCCCCUGCCCUGAAGGCACCUUUACCCGCGGUGAGAACGGGGUCCAGCAAUGCCAUCACUGUCGGGCUCCGUGUCCUGCAGGCUUCGUUGAAAAAGAAUCCUGCACGACCACCCAGGACCGAGUCUGCACAUGCCCCCCCAACAGCUUUUUACCAAGGGAUCGGGGCACAGAGUGUAAGCUCCACUCGCUGUGUCCACCAGGGACCAGGUUGAAGAAGCGGGGCAGUGAAACAGAGGACGUACUCUGUAAGCCGUGCAUCAAGGGGACUUUCUCAGAUGUGGACUCCAAAGCGGUGAAGUGUAGAACCCACACAGACUGCCAAGCUCAGGGCCUGCUGCUGAUCACACCAGGAACUAAAUAUACAGAUAACAUCUGUCAGAACCUUUCUACAGUCCCCUUUUCCUCGUCAUCUACAUCCAUGGCACCCACCACCCUACUUGUGCCUACACAUGCUGUGCUCGUAGAAGAACCCAUGACUUCAUCAUCACUAUUACCACCAGCUGGAGCUGCACUGAAAGGAAUUUCCAGGAAGUCAGCAGCUAUUCAACUAUCAAGAGAGAAAUUGGUUGGAGGCGACCAUCCUGCAGAGACGCCUCCACUUAGUGAACUUGGCACUCCCAAUCCACAAAUUGGGGACCCCCCAUUGAUGCCACUGCUCCCACCUCACAAGCAGCUGAUACACCAAGAACAGCAAUCUAGUUCUAGCCCAGUGCCAGACCCAAGCAAGAGGGGGAUGAUAGAGGCUUUUGAGGGUGCAGAGGUAGUCAAGGUUGGAAUAGGUAUCAGCAAGGUAGAUGGGCAGGGGAGCAGAGGUGGUGGAAGUGGGGUCUCCAGCUACUAUAAGCCCACCCGCAGGGGAUCCCCAAGGCCAAGCCCCCAGCAUCACUUUGACAUCAACGAGCAUCUCCCCUGGAUGAUAGUGCUGCUGCUCCUUCUGGUGCUGGUGGUAAUCGUGGUCUGCAGUGUGAAUCGCAGCUCUCGUGUGCUUAAGAAGGGCCCCGUGCAGGACCCCAGCAGCAUUAUGGAGAAGGCCAUUCAGAAGAAAGCUUCGGCUCCUGUAACGCAGGUCAAAGAGAAGUGGAUCUACUACUCCAACGGUCAGGGCGUUGAUAUCUUGAAGCUGGUGGCGGCCAAUGUGGGUACACAGUGGAUCGACAUCUAUCAGAUGCUGGCCAAUGCCACUGAGAGGGAGGUGGCAGCCUUCUCCAACGGCUACUCAUCAGAUAAUGAGCGAGCGUACGCUGCCCUGCAGCACUGGACCAUCCGGGACAGCGAAGCCAACCUGGCCAAGCUUAUAAAUGCCCUUCACCGACAGCGACGCAUUGAUGUGGUGGAGAAGAUCCGCUGUGUCCUGGAGGACAACCCACAGUGUGACAUCAACCAGCUGAUGGCCUCAGUGAAUGUAAGCCAAAGUCUCAGCCCGAUCCACAAGCCAACAGAGUCUCCCAGCAGCAUCGGCAGUGGCUCCCACAGCAGCAGCAGCAGCAGUUGUGGGAGCGUGGGCCGGGUCAGCGGUGUCGCCCUGGAGCAGUCACCGGUGGAUCGCAUCAAAGGCUUCUUCCCCGAUGAAUCGGAGCCCUUGCUUCGCUGUGACUCCACCUCCAGCAAAGACUCUGCUCUCAGCAGGAAUGGCUCCUUCAUUACCAAAGAGAAGAAAGACACUGUGCUCAGGCAGGUGCGCCUCGACCCGUGUGACCUGCAGCCCAUCUUUGAUGACAUGCUGCACAUCCUGAACCCGGAGGAGCUGCACCUCAUCGAGGAGAUCCCGGCUGCCGAGGACAAGCUGGGCCAGCUGUUUGAGAUCGCAGGAAUCAAGAGUCAGGAGGCGAGCCAGACUCUGCUGGACUCAGUCUACAGCCACCUCCCUGACCUCUUGUAGUGGGCGAGAAGGAAUACUGAGGAUGAAUAGCAACACAGAAUAAAAUGAAACAAAGGGAUUUCUGGUUCACUUUAAGCAUGGGUUUAUAUCUGGAUGGACACAUUCUGAUGUUACUCUGAGGCCACAUAUGAGCUUGGUGUUUUAAAUAAGGUCACUUGAAUGACUCUCCUCAAUAUUUACCCUCCAUCUUCUUCUGUGUACACACUGUCACUCCUUCCAAUCAACUUCUUUUUCUGACAUGCUGCCGGGUCAAAGCUCAAAGAACUCUCAGUGUAACAGUAAAGGAGUGGUUUUUAAACUUUCUCACAUUAGGUACAGCCUCGUGUGAUCUGCUGUCGCACAAGUAUUGUGAAAUGAUUAACGAGCAAAAAGAGUCUCUGUGUGUACCGAGGGUAUAGCUGAAUAUAUGGAAAACACAAGAUGCACUUUCUCUAGCUUAACCAGCCAAUGCCUUCACUUUGUAAAGGAUUAAUCAUGUAUGUUUUGCCAAUCAUUCAGGCGCUGCCUUGCCUUUAAAAAAAGAAUAACUUACAGCUGACUUGAUUGCAAGACGGAGAACAUCACAUGAGCUCAAACCUCUGAAUGACACUUCUUUUCUUCUUUACUGUUUUACAUGGUGUAUAGUCAAUCACAUGAGUCCUGUGGCUUAGCUUAUUUCAUGUCUCUUCUCUUGAGCCUCCUGCCUUUUCUUCUCGCCUCCUCCUCCUCCCUUUUGCCUGUUCCUCGAGCAGACCCUCGGUGGGGUCUUUGCGUUGUAGCUUGUAACCACUUUGCCAGACCAGCAGGGGGCGCUGAUUGAAUAGAGGGGGGCUGACCCUGCUGCUCUGGAGCAUAGCCAUAAAUGAGAAAUAUUGGAUGAAUCUUCAAAAUGAUCCAGUAUUACUUCAGUAGUUCUAUUAACCUUAUCUAAUAACACAAUGUCUGACUUUGCCUGAGAAGUUUUCCACUUUUGGACAGAGGCUUAGAAAACUACAAACUGAACGAUAGGACGAGUGGUGUUCCUCACCCAUAUCCUGCCUUUCUUGAACCAAAGCAAACAUCUGAAACAGUUUGGAUGCAUCGCUUUGGGAAGCCACUGUCGGACUCAUGGACACUUCUUCCAGUGUUACGCACACCCAUCUCUUGUUGCCAGUCGCGCUCGCCUCAACAAAUGUAGCAUUGAAAAAGUGUUCUCGGUACAUUUUGGAGCUUCAUGUUGAUCAAGUGGAUGUCUGAGUGUACGUAUGGGAAUCAUGCAAUGUUAUCUCACUAAACGCUCCAUGUAGUUAUUAAAACUGAAUAAUGAAGCACUAAUUCUACUAGUCUACUGGAGAAGCAGUCAUGUAUUUCCUGUGUCCCUCGUUUUCCCUUUUAUCCAUAAAUGACGUUAUCUCACUUUUGAUUUUGUUUAAAUCUUUUUUUCUACUUUGAGUUCCAUUGAUUAUGUUGUUGUAGCAUCUUGUUGUUAGCAUCCUGACCUUUUUUGUAUUUCAUGUUUUUAAAUGGGCAUUCACGUCUUUCCAACCGCUAAGCAUGUGAAAAUGUCCCGGCGGGGGACGUCAGAUAUGCAUUCACCAUACUGUACUUGAAGCCUGUCUACUUGUAUUAUGGGAUUCAAACGUGGAAGAAAUAAUGUACUCUUCAGUUCUUUCCAGGUUGAAUAUUAUUCAAGUAAAACUAGGGAGCGGCACUAUGAAGUCUUGAACUUUAGAGAGUUAACUUUCAGGUGCUGUGAGAGCUCAGACUUGUUUUAGUCACAGAGCCCCCAUAUGAUAACUCACCUCUAAGCCUGACACAACGACUAUUUAUAACGUCCCAGACUGAAAGAAGACAAAGAAGAGGGGGUGCUGCUGUUGACUGUGGGACGUUUACAAUAAAGAUGGCGGUGUUAAUGAUGAAUGAGUGUUGCUUUGGGAACUCAAACUGCUGGUUGCUUUUGAACUAUUUGGAAAAGGAUGAAGAGAAGAUGUAAGAUCUGAAAUGCUCGUACAACUUGAGCCGUUACUAUUAUUAAAACGACAACAUUUCUUAAGAAAUAUUCCAUUUUAAACGUGUAACCAGUAUGUCUGACUAUGUAAUCUCUUUAAAUCAACCAAUAAAGACUCAAAGCAUUUGUCAUA